AUGGAAGCAAAAGUGAGAGACAAUGAGAGAGUGAUGAGAGAAAAAGUGAAGGAGAAAGAAAGACAGAUGAGGAAGAUGGUGGAAGAAGUGAGAGAGCAGGAGAGAAUUCAUCUAGAGAUGGAGAGACAAGCAAAGGGAAAAGAAAGACGAAUGAAAGAGAUGGUAGAAGAAACAACAGAAUGGAAGAGAGAACUGAAAGAGAUGGAGAUUAAAACAAAGGAGGAAGAGAAACAAAUGAAGGAGAUGGUAGAGAAAGCGAGAGAGCAGGAGCGAAUCCACAGAGAGACAGAGAAAGAAGUCAAAGAGCAGCAAGCAAAAGAGCAAAAGGAGAAACUAAUGAAAGAGAUGAAGCUAAAAACAGAGGAUGAAGAACAGAAAAAGAGAAAGAUGGAGGAGGAGGAACUGAGGAAAAUGAGAGAGAGGGAAGAAUUAAAAAAAGUGGCUGAAGAGAUGGCCAAGCAGUGGUCCCAGGAUGACGACGAGAGCGACACAGACUCAGACGACCUUUGGAUGGACGAGGAGGAGAAGGAGAUCAUCUUGGAGGCUGUCAAGAGACAGGCAGAAAUAAAGGAGAGAAAGAAGAGCGAGAUUAAAGAGAAUGACCAACACAUUAUGACUGAAGGGAAAAGCUAAAGACGGCAGAAAAGAAAGAAAUAUGAAAAAGAUGGACAAGCCCUAUUUUUUCACAAAAAAUGU